AUGUCUGAUCGUAGCGGCCAGCGGCAAUGCCGCCGAGGCGUCUCGGGCGACGUCGAGCUCGACGCGGCCAUGGCACUGGCCAACAUGGCCGGCGUUUCGGGGCCAGCAGCUCUUCCCGCCGCGCACCCGGCGGCGCCGCAGCAUGGCGCCAGCCGCGAGGAGGAGGAGGAGCUGGCGAGCACGAGGCUGAGCCUGGAGCUGGGCAAGGUCGGCAUCCAGGCGUCGUCGUGCUCCAGCAGCUCCAGCGCCGGGUGUCCCUCGCAGCAGGCGCGGGUGGCCGCGGCGGCUCCAGGUGGAGGCGGCUACGGCCCAAGGCCCCGGCAUACGCUCACCGAGGCUGAGAAGGAGGCAAAGCGGCUGCGGCGCGUGCUCGCGAACCGGGAGUCUGCGCGCCAAACCAUACUCCGCCGUCAGGCGAUCCGAGACGAACUGGCGAGGAAAGUUGCGGACUUGUCGUCACAAAACGAGAGCAUGAAGAAGGAGAAGGAGACGGCGAUGCAAGAGUAUCUCACACUCCAGGAGACGAACAAGCAGCUGAAAGAACAGGUUAUUGCGAAGACGGCAGAGAAGGCGCCGCCGCCGGUGGUAACGUCCAUGGACACGACGCCACCAGCGGAGCAGCGGGCAGAAGCCACGCUGUCCACGGCGGCCCCGCUGGACGCACCCCCUGGGCCGGGCUUCCUUUACGCAACAGCUGGGCCCCCAGCCGUGCCGGUGCCGUAUGUCUGGGGCUCUUGGCCGGGGUACAAUCCGAACGCCAGCAACCCGGGCGGCGCCAUCAGCACUGGACAUGCCCCGCCGCUCUGCUUUCCGCCCUGCGCGUGGUACUACCCCGUCGUCACCGACCCACAUGGUUCGCCGGCGGCAUCUUACGCGCAGCCGCUCCAUGAGACAACGAGCGGGGGCGCCAGCCAGGGUACCUGCGGCGGAACGGCCGAUGAGGACACCGACGACGACCCGUGCUCGCUCACGCUGGGGCUUGACGUCGACAGGAAGUGUGCGACGAGCGCCGAGAGCGGCGGCAGCCGUGCUGUGGCGGGAGACAGAGAGAGGGCGGUGAUGGCAGCGGAGGCGAGAAAGAGGAGGAAGGAGCUGACGAAGAUGAAGCAGACGCAUCUCGGCGGCCGUCCUGGAGACGAGUAG